AUGCACCUGCUGUGCAACAACAUCACCACAGUUGUGUACAUGAACAAGUUUGGUGGCUGCAACAUUUGCCUCAAUUGGGUGAUGAAGAAGAUCUUCAACUUCACCCAGACUCAUGGCAUCACCCUGUUGGCCAGACACCUGCCCAGCGACCUCAAUGGACAAGCAGACCAACUCAGCUGUCUGCUUCCCCAACACAAGUGGAGUGUCCACCUGUCCAUCUUCCAAGCCCUCAAUUGCUGCUGGGGUCCACACUUGGUGGACUGCAUGGCCUUGAAGAGCAAUGCACUCCUUCCCCAAUUCAACUCAAGGUUUUGGGAGCACAACAUGGAAGUGGUCAACACCCUGCUUCAGCCAUGGCAGGGUGAGAACAACUGGGUGGUUCUGCCAGUUGUGCUGCUGCUGGUGAUUGCUCGCCUACUCUGUUGA